GCAUGCACGUGCUGUGCUGGCCGACUUCGGUCAGAGUAAUUCAUUCUUGUCGGCAGAGCUGCAGCGCUCUCGGCGGACUAAUUACAGCGAGAUCACAGUUCGUGAGUUGAUGGAGUUUGCUGCUGGAAAUGAAGGGCCGUUGGGAGGCGAUUGCCUGAGUGGAGCUGAGGGGGCAGAGCUAAGACCCGAGUCGUGCGGUGAGGGAGGCAAGGCUUUGGCAGGGAUGCCCGAGGCCUGCGGUGGCAAGGACGGGGGUGGACUAACAGGAGUGUGGAGAACAGGGGACGGAGAGGACGGAAGUGGGCAAAGGACAGACGACCUGCGAGUGGACCUAGCGGCUGUGAAGCAAGAAAGUCCAGACUGGUUAAAAACAGAAGAUUGCAAGCUGGAUGCACAGGGGGUGAAGCAAGCGGUAGAGGAUGGGCCAGAGGUGAAGGAUGAGAAAGCGGGCACCUUCGAAGUGAAGCAGGAGAUGGAUGCUAGUUUGCUAAUAAAAGAAGAGAAGGUGGGUGCUGGGGCUGAGAUAAAGGAAGAGAAAGUGAAAGUGAAGGAAGAGGCCGUGGGCUGGCUAGAUAUGAAGGAAGAGGAGGAGGUUAAAUUUGAGAUAAAAAAGGAGGAGGUAGUGGCUGACCAGAGCGUAAAACAGGAAGAGAUGAUGGUUGGAGAUUUUGUAAAAGAAGAGAAAGCCGUUGUGAAACAGGAAGUGAUGGAUGAUACAAAGCUGAAUGACGAAUCUACAGUCAAUCCAGUGAGCUACAAGCGGAAACUGGCCAUGUCAAGGUGUGAAACUUGUGGUACAGAAGAAGCCAAGUACAGAUGCCCACGUUGUAUGCGAUAUUCCUGCAGUUUGCCCUGUGUCAAGAAACACAAAGCAGAACUGACAUGCAAUGGAGUUCGAGAUAAAACUGCAUUUGUCUCAAUAAAGCAGUUUACUGAAAUGAAUCUUCUAAGUGAUUAUCGAUUUUUGGAAGAUGUAGCAAGAACAGCAGACUAUAUUUCUAGAGAUACUUUUUUGAAAAGACCAAUGGGAAAUAAACAUAUGCACUUUUUGAAAAACCGUGCCCGGAGGCAAGGCAUUUGCUUAAAACUUCUACCCAAUGGUUUCACUAAGAGAAAAGAGAAUUCAACAUUUUUUGAUAAGAAAAAUCAACAGUUUUGUUGGCAUGUAAAGCUCCUGUUUCCUCAAAGUCAAGCUGUGUACAUAGAAAAGAGAGUCCCAGAUAAUAGAACUAUUAAUGAGAUCUUACGAACUUACAUUGAUCCUGAAAAAUCUGAUCCUGUAAUUCGUCAAAGAUUGAAAGUCUACAUUCACUCUCAGGCCGGUGUCCAAAUUCUAAUGAAGGUCGAGUGUGUGCAGCAAAAUGUAGUAAGUUAUCACGAACUGGAUCCUUCCAAGAGUCUCUUAGAAAACUUGAAGAACAAAGUGAUUAUGGAGUACCCAACAUUGCAUGUGGUAUUAAAAGGGUCCAGUAGCAACAUGAAAGUUCUUCACCAGAUGGAAAGGGAAUCCACCAGAAGGGUCGGCAGCGAGAACUGAGCCUUCUUCCGGAAGAAGGCGAGCCUUCUCAGAGACCUUCAGAGGACUGCCCACUGGCCGGCUGCUGGAAGAGGGGGAUUAUCGGGGGGUGGGUGGCAGUUUUUGCUGGUCUGAAAGUAAUUAAACAACCUGGAAGGAAAAAGAAAAGGUUUUAAGAUAUAUUUUGUAACCUCUUGAGUUUACGUAUAACAACCCUUUUUUGCACCUGAUCAGUUGAGGACUCAUUAGAGCCUAGCUUUUAAUAUACUUAAUUUAAUAGACUGGAAGCUUUUUUAUUUUUUAGUUUGGUGCAGAAUCCUCUGUUGGCUGCAAAGUUGGGCGGUCUCUUUAGUGGGAUCUCACUAAACGGGACAGCCAUGUGGCACCCUGUUAGGCUGCAGGACAACUGACCGUCACCGGCUGUCCAUUCUCACCCUUGAGGUUUCUAUGUAACUUUUCUCCUGAGACAGCUGAUGGGUCAUGUUAGCACCCAGUACGAAUGUCUUUAUAAAGACUCCAUAUUGUUAACAAUGACUUCUUACAUUCGACUAAGAAAACUACUGGCUGCGCACUACGUUAUGAACCAUCAGUGCUACUGAAUGUGUGCUCUUGUUCACAAAGUGAACUGCUUCUUGCUGUGAAUUCUCUGCUUUACUUCCUCUUGACAGCCACACAGGGGUGUUGCAAUGGCUAGUUUUAUGCUGUUUGCAAUGGCUAGCAAAAACUAUAAUGAAGAAACCCUUUGGAACGCUUCGAUUUGUUAUUCAAAUGUAUAUGUGUGUAUUUAUGUGUCUUCAUGGUUUAAUUUAUACCUUAUGGAAGCUCUGUGUGCAUUGUGAUCUCACAUACUGGAAUUUAAGUUUCCUAAUUUUGCUGGAAUUUGCAGUUAUAAAAUCAAUGUGACUAUAAAAGAGUGAACGAUUAUUACA